AUGUUUUUGGUUACUAACUCCAUUCAAGUCCCCUUCUUAUUCAUCCUCAUGGGCAUCCUUGGCUUUGAGGUUUUCCAUACCUGGAUUUCCAUCCCUUUCUGUUGUCUCUACACAGUCUCCAUCAUGGGCAAUAUCACCAUUCUUGCUGUCAUCAGGACAGAGCCCUCCCUACAUGACCCCAUGUACUUGUUCCUCUCUAUGUUGGCUCUAACAGACCUGGGGCUUACCCUAACCACUUUGCCUACAGUCAUGGGGGUCCUCUGGUUUGGUGCCUCAGAGAUCAACUUUGAGGCUUGUUUUUCCCAGUUCUUCUUCCUCCAUGGAUUCUCUUUUAUGGAAUCUUCUGUGUUGUUGGCCAUGUCCUUUGAUCACUAUGUGGCCAUCUGCCACCCCCUCCAUUAUGUCUCCAUCCUCACCAACCAAGUAAUCAGCAGAAUAGGGGUAGCCAUCAUUUGCUGCUGUGUUCUGGCUGUUCUUCCCCCAUUGUUCCUGCUAAAAAGGCUUCCCUUCUAUGGCUCCCACCAUCUCUCCCACUCCUACUGCCUCCAUCAAGACAUGAUUCAUCUGGUGUGUGCUGACACCACUGUCAGUAAUUGGUAUGAAUUUGUUCUAGCUCUGGUCAUUAUUACAUUGGACCCCCUGCUCAUUGUGUUUUCCUAAGCACUCAUCCUGAGAAGUGUCUUGACAAUCAGCUCCUGGGUUGAAAGACCGGCACUCAAUAACUGUCUAUCCCACAUUCUGGCUGUUUUGGUCCUCUAUGUGUCCAUGGUGGGAUUGUACAUGACUCACCACUUUGCCAAGCAUGCCCCUCCAAUUGUACAUGUCAUAUUGGCCAAUAUUUAUCUACUAGCACCUCCUGUGAUGAACCCCAUUAUCUACAGUGUUAAAACAAAACAGACCCACUGA